CUGGAUUUUGACAGCCCGAGGUGGAAAGAGAUUCGUGCCGAAAAUGUUAAAAAUUUCGAAUCAUUUGGCUAAUUCAAGUUUAGUUCUGGUUAGGAAACAACUUGGUGAUGGAUCGACUGCAGCAGCACUUAUACUCAUGCGAACACCAAGGCGUCGGUAUGCUUUGGGGUCAGAGUCACAAUUCAAAGAGACAUGCCCGCCUCCACCACCUCGGAAGCAGUCGAGAAGACUACUCUUCACCGCAAUUGGUGCCACCAUUUUGACUGGGUCUGCUAUAGUUUAUGCAAAACACAGCCCAGAGACGCGAAACUGGCUUGAAACAAAUGCCCCUUGGGCCCACAACGUAGUAGCCAUUGUGUACCAGGAGAACGAGACAUACUGGGACUUUACAUCCAAACAAUUUUCCAAAAUAUACACAUCUAUAAGUGACUUUAUGUUUGGAAAGGUAAUAUACAAAGCUCAAUUUCAACAUUCGCGAUUUGAAAUUGUAGAAAUUCCAUACGACUCCAAAGACAGUAGAUUAUUCCUUCAAUUAAAAACCGCGCAGACUUCUCGGGAUCAACAUAUAAAAUUAGCUAAAGAAGCUUGCGUGAAAGGGUCACGUGCUAUAGAGACACUCGACCGCAUGAUAACGCAAGGCACACUGAAAGCACCUCCUGAGAACUUGGCCAUCACAAAGCGUUACAUCAAACAAUUCCGAGAGGACCUUAAUGCAGCCUCCGAAGCCCUCAGGAUCGAACUAGAGAAGGGAGACGUCUCUGAAAAGUUUUGGAGCAAGGUGGAAGACGCCCGAAGUGCGUAUAAGGAAGAACUACAGAGUUUAUUCCCCGGCAUAGAUCUCACCGCGAACAAGCUCAAGGCUGGCGGUGAUUUGGAUAUGCUGCUCGUCUAUACCCUAAAACAGGUACAAUUCCUGCAAAAUGAGUUAGUACGAUUGUCAACGGUUGCCGAGCAAAAAAUUGCAAGGGCUGUCGAAUGUAAUGACGAUAAGCUAAUAAUUGAAGCCAAGGCCGAGCAGCUGGCGAGGGAAGAAAGAAUAAAAAUGGAAUUUGAGUACUUAAAGAAGACGUUGAAGUUGGAAGCGGAGAACUCUAGAAAGUACAAGGAGCAGUUGGCGAAACAAUACGAAAUGCAGGAGGAGAUUACACGCAGCAGACUUGAGAAGAAGGAGAAAGAGAUAAUGGGUCGCUUGAACCGUGCGGUGUCGGAACAAGUCGAGAAAGAGCGCGUUAAAUUCAAGAAAGAGUUGGCUGCCAUGGCUGGCAAGCUGCAGGCUAUCGAGCAGACACUUAAAAAACGUGCAGCUGCAGAGCAGGAUUCCCGCCGAUCGCAAUCGGUGUGGGCGGCGGCCGAAGGGCUGCUGGCCGCGACGAGGAGACCAGGCUUGCAGACUAAUAUUGACAACGAACUUAGGGCGCUCGAGAAAGCUGGACAAGGUGAUAAAAUGGUACAAGCUGUGCUAAUGGGCAUUCCUAAGGCGACGCGCGAAGAAGGCAUCGCCACCGAGGUGGCACUUAAGGAUAGGUUUGAUGUGCUAGAGAAAACGGCUAUGAAAGUAGCCCUGAUCGGUCGCGACGGCGCUUCUCUACCUAUGUACUUUCUCUCGUGGGUGCAGUCUAAACUGCUCUUCCAGAAGUUGGCGGAAAUUCCUCGUGACGAGUUGGACAAUCUUCCUCAAGACUUUAGCAAAUUAGACACCUUUGAUAUCAUGCAGAGAGCGAGAUACUAUAUGGACCGAGGCAACUUGUCGGCGGCCCUUCGCUACGUGAACUUGCUGCAAGGCGCGCCCCGUGCCGCUGCUUUGUGCUGGGUGGAGGACGCGCGCCGCCACCUGGAGAUCAGGCAGGCCGCCGAAACCGUCAUGGCGCACGCGUCUCUCGCCAGCAUCAACAGCAAGCAAUAAGCCUAUUAAAUGCCGUGUGAGUGAAAACGACAGAUGAACUGGUAGGUGACAAAGUAUGUAAUAUCGUAAACGACUUAUCGCACGACCGAGACGGAGACUUCGGCAAGAAUCUUUUUCGCUAUCAAUAAUAAAAAGUGUUCUUAUUUUCCUUUUUGAGAUUCUAUUUUUCAUGAAAACAAAAUUACCUAUGGGUAGACCAUAGAAAUUGUCUAACUGUAACUUCUGAAUUUAACUUACUGUAUGUAUUUUAGUUUAGACAGAACGAAAUUCGCUGGUUGAAUUUUUGUGUUUAUUGAUUUUAGUUUUGCACAUUAGUUAACUGCAUUUAACUGUCGAUUGAUUAAUUUGUACAUUAAAUAUUUGCCAGGUCUAAAUUAAAAACAUUCUGUGGUAAAGACGAGCAUGGU